GUAGAUUUUAUUUUACCCCCCUCCUUCUGCGCAUUAAUACCAUCAAAACUUAUGAAACAUCCAAACUGCAAACUAAAGUAUAGUAACUUUUACCUUCUGCCUCGGUCACUUCUGAACCUCGCGUUUCGAAACUUGUUUAGAAAGCGACAGACGGCGAGUCAGAUUUGACGUUGUGUCUGAGUCAGUUUUAGGAAAUUCGCAUUAUAAUAGAGGCACCAUAAGUUUAACGAGACUAAAAUAAUAAUAAUGAUGAAUUAAAAAAACAGAGCAACACAGUCUGCAGUGGAGUACCGACGGGUGCCGUGGUUAAUUGAAAAGUGCUUAAUCAAAACAUAAGCAGAUGUGGAUUGAUUUGUUCGGCUGCCGAGUCUGAACGUCUGAAUUGAAACAAAUUUAAAGUGCGUGUGUGUGUGUGUUUGUGAACGUGUGUGUGUGGUAGGGGGCAGCGCAAUUUCUAUGAACCAGAACACGCAAAGCGUCAUUUAAUUGGGAUUUAUGCCUCCAAAGUUGAGGUGGAGUUUUGCUGGUGGUAUUGGCCACUGAGGGUUUUUUAAAUCCACUGAUGGGUCUUGUUGCUUUGAAUGGGGAUUUACGCUGGAAGCUGUGACCUGAGAAGUGUUGUCUGCCUGUUUCUGGAGAGCAUUCACGGGCUAAUCCAUUAUAAUUGGGGUUAGGCUAUUUGUCCCAAAAAAAACGAAAGAAAGAAAGAAACAGACAGAAAAUAAUUCGAGCCUCAACUAGAGAUGUAAUAAUUAGUUUUGCCUCAGAGCUAGCCUGUGAGGCAGUUGGCUCCGAGGGUGGAAGGUGACGUUGGAAUGAAAUGGUAAAAUAAAAAGACGAGAGCAUAAAAAAUAGGAACUGAUUUGGCUUGCUUACACUUAACUCAAACCCAGUGGGCGCAGAGUGGCAGUAAAAAUUAGAUCCUUUUACUGCGCAUUUAUUAUUUAGGCCCACCGAUUCCGAACGUGUCUUGUCAACCAUGUGUUAAAGAGGAGGCGGGAGACGCGCACAUGCGGUGCGGUGCGUGCCUCUCCUUUUGCUGGAGAAACACACAGCGGUCACCGCUGAUGCAUGGCUGCCUGGAGCGGAGCAGCAAUCUUCAGUGAUCGAUCAGAGGAUUGGGUUAAAUUUAGCUCCAGCAGACUUCACAUGCCCACAGUUUUUUUUUCUUCAUCUUCUUCUCUUUUGGGGGGUUCAGGACUAACCUUAAGAAGGCGAGAGACAGACCUUCGAAUUCCUGCCUGGAUUACUGUCCAUAGAUGUCCCUCAUGUCUGUCUUUAAUAUAUCUGCACAACACAUUCUCACGUAUACCUACUUGUCCAUAGCGGGUUAUAGAGUUAAAGAGGAUUUUUUCCCCCCUUUUGCCUCAUAUAUUCUUAGAUAAUUUUUCAAAUGAGAAACAAAAUAAACCUAAUUGCAAAGUUAUUGUUCAUCUUCUCAUCUUCUCCACAAAUCCAUACUCUCAAUAAAAAAGUGUUGAAAUUUAAGGAAUUUAUAAGAAGCAUGGCUGCUGCUCCCUGAAUACUUUUUUUUUUUUUUAGUAUUGUGAUGAUGAUUCCAUUGCCUUGUACUUGUAUUAAAAAAAGGUAAAAUUAGGCUAAUGUGAGUGCAAAUUCCAGCUGUUUGGAAGGAACAUAUUAGCAUAUCAAAGUGGUCCUUGCACAAUUGAAGGAGUCAUAUAUUCUGCCACUGGUUUUGGCUGAUCCUGAAAGGCUUCAGAACGAGUGUGUGAGCUAGUAAAACUCAAGUUUCUUUCUCCAUUCUUCUUGUGCACACGUCCCUCUGACAUCUUGCAUAUAACAUACGUGCCAUGGCAUCCUCACAGUGAGUCAGUUAUAGUAAACAAUGGGGGAUGAAAAUGACACGAAAUUCAAAAUGUAUAAAUGCUGGCGAUGUUUGAUUCUUGGUUAAAGUAGUAAUAAAAUUGUGUGAUUUCGUGUGGGAGUCUGAAAAGAAAUACAGGUCUAUCUACACUCAGUGGAAAUAAUGUAAUCUACCUGUGAAUGCGUCCUAAAGAAGGAGACUGUCUUCUCAGAUGUCGUUGCUUGAUAUCUUAAGCCCGGCUAUUAUGAGUAGUUUACCAGUAUGAGAGCACCUUUUUCAGUCUGUAGCCUCGUUUGAAUGGAAGUGCGUCCGGUUUCAAAGAACUGAAGCUGCUCUUGAUGUGCCAGAGCCCCACAUUGCCUCUAUUCGCUUGCAUGUUCGUCUCCACUGGUGGAUCAAUAGAGCCCGGCACACUCCUGUAUGGGUCUGAGGGAGACAUAUCACUCCUUAGUAAACUUUGGUAUACCACGCUGUCAUAGAACGCAAGGCUCUCGAGCGAGUGUGAAAGGGCGAGUGGGUGUGAACACAUCCAAAUUUGCCACAUUAUGGACUCUAGCUCCAUUUUCUGCUGGGAUGGUCCCCUCCUCAGAACAGCAGCUGAGCUUUUUGGAUAUUUGACGUGUGGAUUAAACAGAAAUGACGCAGCCUUCAUUGCCUGUCCAGAUUUUUUUGUUUUUUUCUAAUAUCCCAACAAGCCAGACUUGUUCCACUCUGGUUUCAUUAAGGUUAGAGGAUCAAUGAUGAGCAUCUCUGAGACCACUUGGCUUGGACUUUUCUAAUCAGAACCUGUUAGUCACAACACAAAUCUGCCACACAACAUCAACACCUGGCACCAUGUCUUGCUCCCUGUGGAAACUACCCACUUUCUGCUGGUUUCUCAUCACUCUAGCCCAAGUACACUCCACAGAGGGGUUUAGUCGAGCUGCCCUGCCAUUUGGCUUAGUGCGGAGAGAGCUGUCUUGUGAGGGUUACCCCAUUGAUUUGCGGUGUCCAGGAAGUGAUGUCAUUAUGAUCGAAAGCGCCAACUAUGGCCGAACGGACGACAAGAUCUGCGAUGCCGACCCUUUCCAGAUGGAGAACAUAAACUGCUAUCUUCCAGACGCCUACAAGAUCAUGUCACAAAGAUGCAACAAUCGGACCCAGUGCAUUGUAAUCACGGGUUCAGAUGUCUUCCCCGACCCCUGCCCAGGGACCUACAAAUACCUGGAGGUCCAGUAUGAGUGUGUUCCCUACAGUCCAUGCCCAACCAGAAUAGGACCAAGAACACAGAAUGUAUCCUAUCGCAACUGCCCUGAAGUGGAGCAAAAAGUUUUUCUUUGUCCUGGGACUCUGAAAGCUGUCGGUGAACCUUCCUUUAUAUUUGAAGCGGAGCAGCAAGCUGGAGCCUGGUGCAAAGACCCACUGCAAGCCGGCGACAAAAUCUACUUCAUGCCUUGGACUCCGUACCGAACAGACACUCUAAUCGAGUACUCCUCCUUGGAUGACUUUCAAAAUGCCCGUCAAACCAUCACCUACAAGCUGCCGCACCGGGUGGAUGGGACUGGAUUUGUGGUCUACGACGGGGCGGUGUUUUUCAACAAGGAGCGUACCCGAAACAUCGUGAAGUUUGACCUGCGGACUCGAAUCAAAAGCGGUGAGGCAAUCAUCAACAACGCCAACUACCACGACACGUCGCCCUACAAGUGGGGAGGAAAAACAGACAUUGACCUGGCGGUGGAUGAGAACGGGCUGUGGGUGAUUUAUGCCACAGAGCAGAACAAUGGUAUGAUGGUGAUCAGCCAGCUGAACCCCUACACGCUACGAUUUGAAGCUACCUGGGAAACGACCUAUGACAAGCGCUCAGCCUCCAAUGCCUUCAUGGUCUGUGGAGUACUCUAUGUGGUCCGCUCCACCUACGAAGACAAUGAAAGUGAAGUCAGCAAGAGCCUGAUUGAUUAUAUUUACAAUACCAAACAGAACCGUGGGGAAUAUGUUGAUAUCCACUUUCCCAACCAGUACCAGUACAUUGCAGCUGUGGAUUAUAAUCCGCGAGAUAACCAGCUCUAUGUGUGGAAUAACUUUUACAUCCUGAGGUACAACUUGGAGUUUGGCCUGCCUGAUCCGGCACAUGCACCGCCGUUUUCAGAAGUCACCACGACUCCGCCUACGAAAACGACAACCACCACAACAACAACCACGGUGCACUGGGGUGUGGACAACAAUACCACCACAACAGGGUACAAGGAGCGCAGCAGGGGAGCGCCCAGGCCACGUCCUGUAAUCCCACAGACUCCUUCCCCUCCGCCCCUGGAGUCCUUCCCUUUACCUGAACGCUUCUGCAAGGCAAUUGAGAAAAGAGACAUAAUGUGGCCUCAGACCCAGAGGGGCAUGCUUGUUGAGCGACCUUGUCCCAAGGGAACACGAGGCACAGCAUCUUAUUUAUGUGUACUUUCCACCGGGGACUGGCACCCAAAGGGCCCUGAUCUCAGCAACUGCACCUCCCACUGGGUCAACCAAGUAGCCCAGAAGAUCCGCAGCGGUGAAAACGCGGCUAACUUGGCCAAUGAAUUAGCCAAGCACACCAAAGGACCCAUCUUUGCCGGGGACGUCAGCUCCUCAGUGCGCCUGAUGGAGCAGCUGGUGGACAUCCUGGAUGCGCAGCUGCAGGAGCUCAGACCCAGCGAGAAGGAUUCUGCAGGACGGAGCUUCAACAAGCUCCAAAAGCGAGAAAGGACAUGCAGGGCAUACAUGAAGGCCAUCGUGGACACGGUGGAUAACCUUCUGCGACCAGAGGCGCUCAAAUCCUGGCAGGACAUGAACAGCACCGAGCAAACUCACGCAGCCACCAUGUUACUGGAUACUUUGGAGGAAGGGGCCUUCGUCCUCGCCGACAACCUCAUGGAACCGGCUAUUGUCAAAGUCCCAGCAGAUAAUAUAAUCCUGGAAGUGUAUGUUCUCAGCACGGAUGGCCAGGUCCAGGAUUUCAAAUUUCCACAGAUCGGCAAAAGCGGCAUCUCAAUCCAGCUCUCAGCCAAUACUGUUAAGCUCAACAGUCGGAAUGGAGUUGCCAAACUGGUUUUCAUGCUCUACAAAAACCUGAGCCAGUUCCUCAGCACAGAAAACGCCACCAUCAAGAUGGACAAUGACGCCUACGCCCGCAACGUCUCGGUAGCCGUCAACUCGGACAUCAUCGCCGCCUCAAUCAACAAAGAGUCUAGCCGCGUGUUCAUUAAUGACCCCGUGAUUUUUACCCUGGAGCACAUUGAUAUGGAGCACUACUUCAACUCCAAUUGCUCCUUCUGGAAUUACUCUGAGAGAAGCAUGAUGGGCUACUGGUCCACCCAAGGCUGCAAACUCCUGGACUCCAAUAAAACACACACCACCUGCUCAUGCAGCCAUCUCACCAACUUUGCCAUCCUCAUGGCACACCGUGAAACCUCGGCCAGCAGUGAAGUGCACGAGCUGCUCCUGACCGUCAUCACUCGCGUCGGCAUCGUGGUGUCCCUCGUCUGCCUCAUGAUCAGCAUCUUCACCUUCUGUUUCUUCCGGGGCCUGCAGAGCGAUCGCAACACCAUCCACAAGAACUUGUGCAUUAAUCUCUUCAUUGCAGAGUUAAUAUUCCUAAUUGGUAUCGAUAUGACGGAACCCAGGAUUGGCUGUGCCAUCAUUGCGGGGAUCCUGCACUUCUUCUUCCUAGCUUCCUUCUCCUGGAUGUGUCUUGAGGGAGUCCAGCUGUACCUCAUGCUUGUAGAAGUCUUUGAGAGCGAAUACUCGCGGAAAAAGUAUUACUACGUGUCUGGUUACCUCUUCCCUGCCAUCGUUGUCGGCGUCUCAGCAGCUAUUGACUACAGGAGCUACGGGACCAAGAAAGCGUGCUGGCUAAGUGUGGAUAAUCAUUUCAUAUGGAGUUUUAUAGGACCUGUCACCUGUAUCAUCAUGCUCAAUCUCAUCUUCCUGGUGAUCACAAUGUACAAAAUGGUGAAGCACUCCACCACCCUGAAACCAGACUCCAGCCGACUGGAGAAUAUAAAUAAUUAUCGCGUUUGUGACGGCUACUAUAAUACAGAUUUGCCUGGCUAUGAAGAUAAUAAACGGUUUAUCAAAUCCUGGGUCAUGGGUGCUUUUGCUCUGCUGUGUCUGCUCGGUCUCACCUGGUCUUUUGGGCUCUUCUUCAUCAGCGAGGCCUCCAUUGUUAUGGCGUACCUCUUCACCAUAUUCAACACCUUCCAAGGAAUGUUUAUCUUCAUUUUCCACUGCCUUCUCCAGAAAAAAGUCCGCAAAGAGUACAGCAAGUGCUUCCGCCACACGUACUGCUGCGGAGGGCUGCCGACUGAGAGCUCGCACGGUUCUGCGAAGACUUCCACCACACGGACCAGCGCACGCUACUCCUCUGGCACACAGAGUCGUAUCAGGAGAAUGUGGAAUGACACCGUAAGAAAGCAAUCUGAGUCCUCCUUUAUCUCAGGUGACAUCAACAGCACCUCCACCCUUAACCAAGGAAUGACCGGGAACUAUCUACUAACAAAUCCUCUCCUGCGACCACAAGGCACUAACAACCCUUAUAACACCUUACUGGCUGAGACAGUCGUAUGUAACACUCCCACAGCUCCAGUGUUUAAUUCACCAGUGACCUACAGAGAGACAAGGCACUCACUGAACAAUGCGGUGAGGGACACAAGUGCAAUGGAUACUCUACCGCUAAAUGGUAACUUUAAUAAUAGCUACUCGCUCCGUAAUGGGGACUUUGGCGACAGUGUGCAGGUAGUAGACUGCGGCCUGAGUCUGGACGAUGCUGCCUUUGAGAAAAUGAUAAUCUCCGAGCUAGUACACAACAACCUGCGUGCCUGUAAUAAAAGCCACCAACAGCAACAGCAGCAGCACCACAGUUUACAUCAUCCACCCCACCACCAGCAGCCACCGCAGUACCACCAUCACCACCACACGGAGCGGGCUCCGCCCAAGGUGACGGUGGUAGGUGGAAGCAGCAGCGAAGAUGACGCUAUUGUGGCCGACGCUUCGUCUCUGGUCCACGUGGGUGACACGGUGGGCCUCGAGCUGCACCAGGAGCUGGAGGCACCUCUCAUCCCCCAGCGGACUCACUCGCUUCUGUAUGCACCCCAGAAGAAGGUGAGGACCGAUGGGGGAGUCGAUACGUUUGUCAGCGAGCUGACACCCACCAAUCCCGAUGAUAGUCUGCAGUCCCCAAACAGAGACUCCCUGUACACUAGUAUGCCUAAUCUGAAAGACUCUCCGUACCCCGAGAGCAGCCCUGAUGUUGUGGAGGACCUGUCCCCCUCCAAGAGGAGCGAGAAUGAGGACGUUUACUACAAGAGUAUGCCUAACUUGGGGGGUGGCCAGCAGCUCCAAGCCUAUUACCAGAUAGGCCGAGGGAGCAGUGAUGGUUACAUUAUUCCCAUUACUAAAGAGGACAGCAUCCCUGAAGGCGACGUACGAGAAGGACAGAUGCAGUUAGUGACAAGCCUUUAAAUGUAUUUAAAUCAUCCCCAGACCGUUCCCAGCCUUCCUGCAGCCCUGAACUCUUGGAGGACAUUAUAAAAGGGAAGGGAGGCAUUUUUCUUUCUUUUUUUUAAUGGGGUUUUUUUGUUUGUUUGUUUGGGGUUUGUUUGCUUUUUUGACGAGAGCUUAAAAGCCCCGCCAUUUACACUUAGCCAUUUGCAAACCUACAUCUCCAUUGCCAUCUUCUUUUCAUGCCACCCUUCCUAACUUCCCUGCAGACCAAUAGACUUGGAGCACAGCUAUGGCAGUGCAGAGUUUUAAUGAGACUGUACAUAAAAUGCAGAGUUAAAUUUCAAUUUUAAGAGACAAGCCAACUAUGUAUUUAAAUGUGCUGCUGCUGUUGAUUAAUUGAGAAAAUUUUAAGGUACGAAAAUUAAAAAAAAUGUAAAAAAAAAAAAAAAGAAAAAAAAAAAAGGAAAAAAAGAGAGAGCGAGAAAGAAUCAAUACUGGCUACAUCCAAUCAGCAACCUCCCAGUCAAAAGGCUGUACAUACACUCCCCAACAACCUAGCUGAAGCCUGUUUUUUUCUUUUUUGUUAGUUUUUGUUUAAAUAUUGUAUACAGAACAGUACCCCUGGACCAGGACAUGGACAUGUUUGCAAAAUGUUCCUGAUCAAACUGUUAGAAAAGGAAUAUAAGGUCCUGAUCGGUCUCCAUCACCAUCAAGUUUGGAUUGUAUAACCACUAGCAAUCAAGCCCCUGGCCUUAUAUUUUCUCAACUGUAACUUGAACUGUUGUCAAGGAAAAAUGGCUAAAAUAUAUAUUUUGUUGUAUUGCUAGUGUAAAAUAAAAAAAUUCAAUGGGAAACCAUAAAUAUGAAGAAACCUUAUAAUUGCAAAAUCUAACGUUUGAGAGACUAUUGUGUAGAAGUUGCACAUAUGUUAUACAGUGUGUUUAUGGUUCCAACACUUCAUUCAUGGUAGUGCGUUUGAACGUUAAGGCUUAUAAAAAGAGAGAUCGAGUCAACUAAUUACAAAGAUGCAUUAUCACCUUUUCCAUUUGUGAACAGUGUUUUUUUCUUCCAUCGAUAUCGCCCAUGUUUAAAUAUGUUUAUUUGACUUUGCCAUUUACUUUGGUAGAAUGGGAAUGCAAAAACCCCAGUUAAGGUGACUUAUGCAUUGCACAGUUUUUUGUGUAAUUCUGGCAGAUAUAGAUCUUUUUAAGUAACGGCAGAGUGGUGGGCAAGCGCAAAUGAAACGAGCGACUUUGAACAAUAAAGUUCCUAUCAUAAAUGUAGUUCUUCCGCUUGGGUUUGGAUAUUUUAUUUAUUAAAAUCUUUCCAAAAAAAAAAAAGAAUAAAUAAAUGGGAAAUGUGUGAAUAUUUUCCAGCACUGGUAUACAUGCUGUACUGUAGCUCAUGUUUUUUAUGUAAACAUGUUACCAAGGGGCUCUUCACUUAAGACUGAUGUAAAGUUCAACACUUGUUUAACAAAUAAAAUAAAUGUGAGAUUUUUUGUCAAAUGCCAGUUGCUUUUUAAUGGUUUGUGGUUUUGGUACUAUUUGAGAAAAAAGCUUUUAUUAUUUUGCUAUGGACAAAAUACACUUUUGACUCAGGUUACAAGUUAAGUCCCGAGCACCUUGACAGGUAAAUUAGUGAAUUUAUUUUCUAGAGCGUUUAUUUGCUUUCUUUUCCUGCUAUUUCUUUGCUAACUGCAGAGUUUAGAGAGCGCGUAUGUGUUAUAGAGAAGCCAAAUCUUUCCAUGUGAUUCAAAGAUGAGAAACUCAGGUAGGAAAACUGCAUUGUAAAUGUUCCUCUGUGUGGUUGUGACACUAAUAAAGGCAAAAAAAAACAAACACAAAAAACCCGACACUGGUUCAAAGCAUUGUCCACUAAGUAUAUUUUUAAAUGAGCACUAGACUGAGCGCCAUUAAAGGGUCUGGCAGUACAGAAGUCUUGUAGUAAGAUUUUGGCUUAAAAUGCCGUGUGGGAGUGGAAAUGUGUCCACAGACCUAACAAGGGGUCAAUGUAACACUUGGCUCCGGCUGUAGAAAUAUAUUAUACAUAAUGUGUCCAGCUAUGACACAUAUUUGCUCUAAUUAAUGUCUGCUUCUGCUGGAGCCCACAGUCAGUUCUUGGGUGGUUUAUGCCUCAGGUAGUGCUAAUUUCUGAAGCAUUUUAAUAUAACACCAGUUGAGGCAGAGUGACAGCUCUCAGCAGGGUUGCUGGAAAUUGCACUGUUUACCAUUUGGCAUUGAAGGAAAUGACUCAGAACUUAGCAAAAAUGCACUUUAUGUCAGUGCACAUAAGGCUGUGUGGGCUGUGUGUUGUUUUGACUUUUUCGACAAUUACGUGACAUUUUGUGCAAUUAUCUGAGGCUUCAAAUUGUCAUAGAAGAAUUAUGUUCCUUUUUUUGUGAUCUCUUGUACAGACCCCUUGAAUGUCAGUUUGGAAUCAAGUGUUGUGGUGAUUGUUGACUGUUGAAAUGGCAGGCAUAAUGACAUGCAUAAUAAUGAGAAAAAAAGCAUAUUGAUUUCCUGCAUUGUAAAACAUGCAGCGCCAUUUUAUCUGUGUUUAACAUCCCUUAACGUUUGAUAGCGUACACGUAAUUUGAAAGCAUAAAAUUAGUCUUAAGAAAGAUAAAUAUAAAUAUUAUAAUGAAUUGAUAGUAUUUUUUGACAGCGGAAUGACAAAAUAUGUCCUGUAAAAGUCAAAAGUAAUGCUAAACUGACAAUGCAUAUUAAAAAGAAGUGGCUAACCCACACUUACAGAGGGAAAAUAUACUUUUUUGAGUGCAGAACAAUGUGUUAAACCUCAAAACUACCACCACAGUUAACACCGAAAGCAAAGCUCCAUUGUCAGACCUGCAGGUUUGUCUUUGCUCAUUGUUUUUGUCAGGAUAAAUCUCACUCAGAAGCACCAUUCACCCGAUUUAUCUGUUUACCUGAAACAAAAAAAACUCUCCAGUGCAAGAUUAUGUACAAAUUGUAAAAUAAAGUUCAUUUUAACA